AUUCAAAACACCUCGACCGAGCGUCUGUAACAAUCCUGAAACCCACCGCUAUCUCACCAGUAGCCAUGUGAUGGCCGAACCGCUCUCUUAACUCGAAGAUAUAAUCCAGGGUUCUUCCAGGUCACUCUCGCUGAACGCAUUUCGCAUUAAUACAUAACACCCUUCCGCCCUCAAACGAAGGACAUCGAGCCUUGCCGCGCAACUACGACUUAACUUCAGACGAACGCGAUACGACAUAGAUCUCUCACCACGUCAGUCAUUCGAAGAAAGGAACAAUAUGUUCAGCCUGCAACUUCAGAGUAGGAAGCGCGAUAGGGAAGAUGAUGAGGAGACUAUUGCUUCAGGUUUCGGUGAACAUAGAACAAAACGACACAUUGCUGCUCUUCCUCACCGACAGUCUCCAAAGCUAGCCCGCCAAGUUUCUCCUAUCUUCAACUACAGCUCGAAUUACACUUCCCAACCUCUGCCUCCCACCAUUACUCCCGCUGACUCGGACUCGGAGGAUGUUGCGGCUGCAGCGGAACCAAGAUCCUUUUUUUCACCUUACUCCUCUUCUCCCACCACUGCAACCCUUACGCAAAGUGGGUCCCCAUCGCCUUUCUUGGAUGUUGAUGGUCCACAGAGCUCGCAGUCAACUCAAGGGAGCAUGCUAUCAACUCAGAUGUCCGAUGCCCCUAGUUAUUCUGACGAUUUCGAGAUGACGGACUCCUUCCAUCUCUCACCUGGCCCUUUCCACAAUGAUCCAUCUUCGAGCAUAUCGGGUAGAAUUCCUACGCCGAUUCAUAGCUCUUUUGCUCCCUUCAUCCGGUCCGAGAAAUCCACGAUGCACCACGACAGUGACUUCGCAGACGACGAAGCUAUGGUCGAUCGAUUCAGGCGUGGUCGACGACUUCCAAGUCCUAUAAGCGAAGGAGAAAUGAGUCCUAGCAUCAUCAUUGAUGGAGUUCAUGAUAUGCAAGUGGAUGUUGACAAUCCUCACCAGGAGCCGGACAAGGAAACGCCUACCAAGAAGGGCCACCAAAGGUCGAAGCAUAGCCUUAGGCAAUGGACUGGAUUUGGUCAUGAUAUGCAUGGCAAUGGUGGCGGUACCAUCAAGAGAAGCUUUAGCAUGGGAUAUAGAGCUGAUUGUGAGAAAUGUCGUAUGAAGGUUCCUGGACACUUCUCACAUAUUAUUACGUACUAGUGGUAUUAUUACCUACGAUAUUGGUGUCCUGACAGUGGGAGCAGAAUGAUAGCAUUUCAGCGAGCAUGGCGUUCGGGCAAGGUUUAUUACUACUGGCUCUUUAUGUAGAGCUUUCAAAACCGUGUCAAAUGGUCUUUAUUUGCUAAUGAAAAUUCUUACCAAAGAGACUUUUCACUUGCAUCUCGGUUGAGGAGGUGGUAAACACAAAGUGAAGCGGAGAAAUAAGCUUAAAGGAAGUGCUUCAUAGCCUUGCUAGUAUUCAGUGCU